AUGAACUUGCGGAGCAGAGGCCCAACAGACCUAGUUCCAAGAGUUGAAGACAUUAGAGCACUUGAAAGGGAGAUUGCAAGGAGAAGAAGAGAAGAAGAGCAACAGGAUCACCUAGACAGAUUGAGGUUUGUGAUGGAUCAACAUCAGAAUCAGCCUCAAGAUGGAGUUGGCAAUGGCCAAGGAGUUGACAACCUUAGGCCACAACACCCACAGCGCCAAGCUAGAGCUAUUGGCACACAUGAUGAGCCCAAUAUCCAUGGGCAUAGAGCUGGCAUCAGAGCACCAGCUGUGGAAAACAACAACUUUGAGAUCAAGUCAAGCUUGAUAAACAUGAUCCAGAGCAACAAGUACCAUGGUCUUGCCUUGGAGGAUCCACUAGACCACUUGGAUAACUUUGAUAAGCUGUGUGGAACUACAAAGAUCAGUGGUGUCUCUGAAGAUGCAUUCAAGCUAAGGUUGUUUCCAUUCUCUUUGGGAGACAAAGCUCACACAUGGGAGAAGAGCCUUUCAAGAGAUUCAAUCACCGCAUGGGAUGAGUGCAAGAAAGCCUUCUUCACCAAGUUCUUAUCUACUUCAAGGACUGCUAAGCUAAGGAAUGAGAUCUCUGGAUUUCAUCAAAGGAAUCUUGAAGGCUUUAGAGAAGCAUGGGAAAGGUUCAACAGCUACAUCUCUCAAUGUCCUCAUCAUGGCUUCAAUAUGGAGAGUUUGCUUAGUACUUUCUACAGAGGUACUUUGCCCAAGUUUAGAAGUCAGCUUGAUACUGCUAGCAAUGGUUUCUUCUUGGGAAGAAGUGAAGCAGAUGCUUUGGAUCUUGUAGAGAACAUGGCUAAGAGUGAUUCAGUCUACAGUGAUGAGCAUGAUAGAAGCAACAGAGGCAGUGGAGGUGAUGAUACAAACACCAAGAGAGAGUCAAAGGCUCUACAAGAAAAGAUGGAUAUGCUUCUCUUGGAUAGAGUUAAACAAGAGAAGGUGAACUUUGUUGGUGAGAAGAAACAAGAAGGGACUGUUGUGCUUAAUGAAGUUAAUGGUCUAGAAGGUCAAGAAGAGUUGUGCUUUGUGAAUGCUAAUGGGACAUGGUACAAGAAGGAACCUAACUUUCAAAGUGAGAAGCACAUUGGAUAUGAGCUGAAGAACCUUCACACCAAAGUUGAUGAAAGCUACAAUGAUCUCAACAACAAGUUCUCAAACCUUGCUUCCAACUUCAAAGCUUUGGAGAACCAGUUUGCUUCAAUGAGUAGUAACUCCAAACGUCCUAUGGUAUCACUUCCCGGAACUUCUGAGCAAAACCCCAAGGAGACAAUGAAAUCAAUCACCCUAAGGAGUGGUAAACAAUUUCCUCCUAGAACUCUCAUUAGGGAUAAUGAGAAGCAAGGUGGGGAGAUGGUCAUCAAUGUGGAUGAUGAUGUAGUUAUUGUGGAUGAGAAAACCAAUGAAGAGAUCUUGGAGAAGAUAGUUAAAGCUAAAGGGAAAGGAAAAGUUGGAGAAGAGAAGAAGGUUGUGAACAAGAAUGAAGCUGCUACUUCAUCAAAAGGAGCUCCAUUCAUUCGUCCUCCAUAUGAAGCAAAACUUCCCUUCCCUGGUAGAUUCAAGAGACAACUUUUGGAGCAAUACAUGGCCUUGUUUGAGAAGCAAAUGAGUGAAGUUCAGAUUACUAUGCCCAUUAUUGAUGCCUUCAUGCUAGUGCCUCAGUACAGCAAGUUCCUCAAGGAUGUUGUAAUCAAGAAGAAGAAAGAGAUGGAAGGGAUGGUAGUCCUUACCCAUGAAUGCAGCGCCAUUAUACAUCGUUUAACCAUCCCCAAGAAGCUUGAAGAUUCAGGAAGCUUCACUCUACCUUGUGCCAUUGGGCAAUUGGCUUUUGAGAAGUGUCUAUGUGAUUUGGGAGCAAGUGUGAGCCUUAUGCCUCUCUCCAUUGCAAAAAGGUUUGGGUUUACACAAUACAAGAAGUGUAGACUCUCUCUUGUGCUAGCUGAUCGCUCAGUGAAGAUUCCCAUUGGUAUCCUAGAAGAUAUCCCUGUUACUGUUGGAAAUUGUCAGAUUCCUACAGAUUUUGUGGUGUUGGAGAUGGAUGAAGAACCAACAGAUCCUUUGAUAUUGGGGAGACCUUUCUUGGCUACAGCAGGAGCUAUUGUGAAUGUUAAGGAAAGGAAGAUUGAUCUUCAUCUUGGCAAAGGGAACAUCCUGCCUUUUGAUAUCAAAGAGGUGAUGAAGAAGCCCACUACCCAAAGCCAAGCAUUCUACAUUGAGGAGAUGGAAGCUUUAGCGGAAGAGUAUUUGGAGGAAUUAGCUAUUGAGGACUCUCUUCAACAUGCCCUAACAGUUGAUUGA